AUGGGAUCAGAAGCAAGAGGCAAACUUUGUGGGGAGGAGUUCGAAGAUAUGCUACCAAAAAUGGCAGAAAAGUUGGGAGGUGAAGGCCUAAUUAAAGAGCUCUGCAACGGGUUCGAUUUGUUGAUGGAUAAAGACAAAGGCGUGAUCACUUUUGAAAGCUUGAAGUACAACUCUUCAUUGCUUGGAUUGCAAGAUUUACGAGACGACGAAUUAAUGAGCAUGUUAAAAGAAGGCGAUUAUGAUGGCGAUCACGCUCUCAAUCAAAUGGAGUUUUGUGUGUUGAUGUUUCGGUUAAGCCCCGAGUUGAUGACAGAAUCCAAGGCGUUACUUGAUCAAGUUUUGCAACAAGAAUUCGGGUCAAAUUAACGU